UAUGUUGUUGUUCAGUCAUUAAGUUGUGUCACACUCUUAGUGACUCUGUGGACCAUUGCUUGCCAAUAUUGUUCAUGAGGUUUUCCUGGUAAAGAUUCUGGAGUAGUUUGCCAUUUCCUUCUCCAGUAAAUAUUUCAUUAGAUCCUUACAACAACCUUGUGUGAAGAUGCUUAUUAUCCCUAUUUAACAGAUGAGGAAAGAGACUGUGUAUUAGUCAUAGUUAAACAGAUAUUAUGUGUCUGUCAGGGCUUUAACCCAAAUUUUCCUGAUUCCAAUGCUUUCUACUACACCAUCCUGUAAAAGCCUAUUCCUGCGCUUCUAAGUAACAAUGACAAUGUCACAACAGGUGACAUUACCACCUAACCAUCCACUCCCAGGACUUUUUCUCAUAAUCCUCAUUGCCUAAAAUAAGAUGCUCCCUUAGAGAAGAGGACACUGGUUGUACUGGUUAAUUCAGGCAUAUCUAUCAAACAUAGUGGAUAUAAUCAUAGUAAAUUUGAAAGGGUUAAUGUUGGAUAAUAAUAUCCACCUUUGAAAGUAAAAAAGUACCCUACCCCUACUUCAUGAGCAAAGCUAUAUCCUGCUUUCUCUGGGACUGAGCAUCUAGUGAACAAUAAUAGGCACUAAUGAUGAUGAGGAUGAUGAUGAAGAUGAUGAUGAAGAGGAAGAUGUUGCUGCUGAAUCCUAAUUAUAAAACAAAUGCAAUCAAUUUGCAAAGCUUUCAGAACAGUUUUAUUAAUAGUUCAAUCAGUGUCUUAGAAGGAAAUUGUUUAAGAUCAAAAUAAGGAAGAGCUAUUAAACAACAGCUAAGAAAAGCAUAUAAAAGGUACAACAAACAAGAGGACACUUGAAUUUGAAAAACUUCACUUUGCCAGAAACCUCCAGACACCAUGGCCUGUUGCAACUCCUGCUCCACCAGCUUCUGUGGUUUCCCCAGUUGCUCUACUGGGGGGAACUGUGGGUCUAGCUGUUGCCAAGACAGCUGUGGGACCGGCUGCUGCCAACAGGGAGGUUGUGGAACCAGCUGUGGGACUUGCUGCUGCCAACAGGGUGGCUGUGGGAUUGGCUCCGGGAUUGGCUCUGGGGCUGGCUGUGCACCUCCUUGUGAGACCACUUGCACAACCAGGUGUUACCAGCCCCCAUGCUGCGGAUGUGAGAGCUGCCGUACCAGGUGGUGCCGCCCAGACUGCAGAGUUGAGGGUACUUGCCUGCCACCUUGCUGUGUGGUCAGCUGCACUCCUCCAUCUUGCUGCCAGCUGCACCAUGCCCAGGCUUCUUGCUGCCGCCCAUCCUACUGUGGACAGUCUUGCUGCCGUCCAGCCUGCUGCUGCUACUGCUGUGAGCCCACCUGCUGAGAACCUGCCUGUUAAAAACCAGGACAUCAACCCCCUAGCUCAUAAAGGACACUACUACAACUUUUGACUCCUUAUCCCAGGGCUCCCAAGAAUAUAUCUUUGUUCAAUCUUAUUCCAACUCAGUUUCUAUUUCCCAGAGGAAAAAAUGGAUAUGGUCCAGGAUACAGAAAAAGAAGGUCUCUGUGUGAUACAAGAGUAUGAAGAUUGCUACUGGAACCUGCCUCAGUGUCUAAGUGCCUGUAUGCCUGAUUUCUUUUCUCUGAGCCUCAGUUUCCUGAUCUAUAAAUGAAGUGAUAUUGUCUCAGACUUCCUGUCCACCUCUCGCUCCAGUUACAUGAGCUUACAAUCUUUUAGGAAAUAUUCUUACUACUCACCAAGGUCCCCUUGCUGAGUAUCUCACAGCCAAUUUCCUCUUUUCAGAGAAAAUCUCUUUUCCAUCUGACUGUUCUUUCUCUAGAUUAUCAAAUCUCACUUUACCUUGAAAAGAAGAGAAGAUAAUUCAACCAAAAUAAAUUAUAUAAUUUCUGCUAGGUUUUUUUUUUUGCCUUUUUUCCUCAUUAUUCAAUGAACAUUAGAAACAGAAUUCAUGAAAAUCCAGAUUCAAUCUAACACAUAUUUCUUAGGCAUUUAUUGCAUACACACAAGCUAUGGGUGAUUAACCCAAGGCUCCCUGGCUCCAAGGUCAGUUCUCAAUCCAUUGUAAGAAUUAGUUCUUUAACUAUGACCUAUUCUUAAGUCUCUGAAUGAACACUAUGAUAGAAUAUCAGUAUAUUAAAAAUGUAAAACAGCUAUUCUAUAUAGCUAAUAUAAGCUAAGGAUACUUAGAUGAAAUAAGACUAAUCCCUGACCUCAUGAAGUUUAUAGGCAAGUGGAGAUAAAAUAGGUACACAGGUAAUUUACAGAAUAAAAUGAAGAGAGAUGUAGUUGUUUAGUUAUUUUUCAACAUUUCAUGACCCCAUUUGCAGUUUUCAUG